AGCGACCUCACCGGCUUGCAGUCGGCUGACUUGCCAUGCCUACUUACACGCCGAGGCCCUUGGUGUUUCCUAACGAGAUCCUCCUUCACAUCUUCAGAAUUGCCUUCGAUGAAUGUCGAGAGCUCAAACAGGAGUUAACCCCUAUCCUCCCCAGCAGUAAUGUUGUGGACGUCAACGCUCUAGACGAGACGCAGGACACUCGCAACUCGGAGUACUGGAGGUGGACGUUCGACGAGAUCGGGGUGUCUCCUACACUCUUCCCUUUCCCGCAGGCAGAUACAUGUCGCCAAUGGAGACAAGUGCUCGCGGCCGACCCGGCGUACUGGACGAGGCUCGUUAUCUUCCUCGACGAUGUUGAUGCCUCUUCUACGUACCUCCGCGACUACAUCUCAUGGUCAAGGGACGAGCUCAUUCACGUUCGCAUCGCGUAUAGGAAUCGUCCCGCGGAGCAAAGCCAUGUUGGCUCCAUCGCGGAGAACGCCCGCAUCGAGCUUAUCAUGCGCGAGCUCGCUCCCCACAUCCAUCGGUGCAAGAGCAUCCGCUUGGACCUUACCUACAGGUCGUCCGUACUAGCAGCAGCAAGGCAUCUGCACGGUGGCGCACCCCACCUCCAGAUCCUCGCUCUCGACUCCAGCAUCACGGACACCGCUGCGUCGAUUGUGGGCUUGGAGGAUCUCUCAUGCCCCAAGCUCAGGCAUCUUCAUAUAGACGCAAAGAGCCUCGUCGACGUACGCGAGGCGAACGUUAGCUGGUUGCAUCAACUACAGCACCCGUACUGCACAUUGGUUGCGUCCUCGUACCAGCCCCCUGAUCCCCGAGACGCUGUCUCUUUGUACGAUUUCCUGAGGUGCAUUACUGGCAGCAUUCAGCCGAACCUGCGUUUCCUUGCCGUUCGCAGCGUUGCUUUCCAGGAGACCGACAGAUCCUCAAUUCCAUAUAUAUCCCACAGGGGCCAACUUAUGAUCCACCUCGUCGACCUCGAGGGCUUUGCCGUGCCGAUUCUACUCCAGUUCGCCUCGUCUAGCGCCACAGUAACGCGAUGCGGUGUCGCGGGCCUGUGUCACUGGUGGGAAGGCGUGUCGACGUUGACCGUGAACUCCGUCUGCGGGCAUGACCUCAUCAAGCUUCUGCACAGGUAUCAAGGAUUUGAGCUGGUCCUGCGUCACUGCACAUGCCUUGACGACGACUUCUUCCGGGUCUUCGGGGGUGAGAACAGGUAUCACUUUUACUUGGCGGGCAAGACGCACCGGCUUUCGCUCAUCGACUGUUCGUUCUCGGUUGCUGCAAUGCAGAGGGCACUGACAGAGCGCGCUGAGGUGAAGGAUAUGUCCCCGGAGCUCAUAAACGCUGUGGGAUCCGCCGAUCUGCCAAAUUACAUCGAUAAUCUCUCCAUUUACCAGCCGCGGACGGUCUUGACGGACGAGGAGAAGGUGUGGUUUGGGCAGCACAUCGAUAGGAACUUCGAGUACAGCGAGGAGCCCGAGGAAGAUGACGAGGAGGACAUGUGGGCGAUCCUGUCGGUUCCGGAGGACGCUCUCUUCCAGGACGAUAUGUUCUACUCCUUUCAGCUUCCACCUGUCAAGUACCUCGGAUUCAGAGUUUACAGGUCCCAGUCAAGUACGGAGCCAUUGGACGAAACCCAGCCUGAUCAAACAGCAGGUCCCCAAUACGGACGGGUUUGGCAGAAGCUUCAGAUGAUGAUCUCCUUCACGCCGUCCAUCCAGGUCGUCGAAUUCUUGACCAUAGAUCGUCGUCACAAGGAGGGGAUCGAGGCAGUACCUCCAGAGCUAGCUGGACGCUUGCAGUUUCGAUACGUAUACCAAGAUUAGAUUGUUACAUUGUGACGUUGCAACUCUGCGGAUCGGAACAGAGUCGCUAGCUACAAUGGUC